UACAGUACACACACCCUAUGGGGACAAAAACAUGUGGGCGUGGUUUAGGGGGCGGCGGGUGUCAAAAAAUACUGAAUAAUCUAUACUCCAGAUGGGGUGUGGGGUUAGAGCUCUCAACAUGCAAAAAACUCGACACACGUCUGCUAUUUGUGGACUUCAGCCGUUCGGUGAUAUUGCAGAUCUUGAGGGCCGGACCCAACUAUUCUCUCUCUCCACCUAUUGACUACUGGAAAAUACCCGACAAGACUACCCACCGGUCCCUCAUUCACACCCCACCCGACACUUACCCCCGAUUUCCGACCGUGUACUCGUUAUCCCUCGGCUAUAAUGUACGGAAAUCAUAUACUCCGCGCCAAAAAUUGGAAAUCGUUGAAAUCGCCGAAAAGAUAGGCAAUCGACAGGCCGGUCGACAAGAAGUGGCCCCGGAGUCAAGUAUACGCGAAUGGAGAAAAAACAAACACAUUCUUAAAGCAAUGAAACCAACAAAAAGAACUCUUCGAUAUCGAAAGGAAUUUUGGCCAGAAUUGGAGGACGAGCUUAAAAAAUGGGUGUUAACUAAGAGAAGUGUGGAAAGAAAAGUCUCAACAAUUCAAAUACGAUUCGAGAAUUCAGAGAUUACUUUGAGUGAUUUGCUAAACGAAGUCACAAUUGAUUCUGAAUCUGAUAUGUCUGAAGAUGAGAACACAGAAGACACCGAAGACAUUGUAUUGGAUAUUAGAGAUAUCAGAAUCGAGGAUAUAAUCAAUAAUUAUAAGCAAAACAACGGAUCCCUGAGUGAAGAAAUCGCUAAACUUGAUAGACAUCUCAAAUACACCAUGGUCAUUCUAUCAGCUAACCUCAAUCAAUACAUGACUGGCCACUAUUCCCGGUGUUACGGCCAGUGCUAUCAGAGUAUUGACCACGUGGGCAUCUGGACUAUAAGUGAAUUGACCAUAAUCUACGAAAGUGCGGCACUCGGAUGGAUGACAUACAACGCCCAAUACGUGACCUCCACUUACUUGAAGCGUAAGUUUGACGAAAUCAACGCCACUCUCGCUGUCGGCGUUUCGCGCGAUAAUAAGCGGUUAAUAUUGGGUGCGAUCGAUGAGCACCACUACUACGAGCUAUGGGUCAGCCUUAAUGCGAGUCUUUUUCUUAUGAUAUUUAUAUGGUUUUCAUCGAUCCCGAGGGCCGCUCACAGACAGUAUCCCCUCUUAAUGUCAUACCUGUGCCGACACCGGCGCCAACGGAACCCCCACUCGCUAUCACUCACCGAACGGCUAAAAGUGAUGGCAUUUGCCGAGAGAUUGUCGUCUAAACCGACGAUCGGUUACUAUUGUUAUGAUAUGUUUCCCAUCGAUAGCUAUGAAUUCUCGCAAUUUAUUUUGAUC